GCCAAUUCCAGUCACUUUAUCAUCAAAGUGUGAAGGUUCAGUGAAACAAAAUGAGCCCACGACAAAAAACAGCAACUAAAAUGGAAGACCUUCCGGAGCUAUCCAAAGCAGGAUAUGCACACGUUGAUGGCGCACCGAAACCUCCGCCAAUGGCCAAUCCGAACUUCACCGUAGCCGAUCUAAAGGCGGCAAUACCACCGCAUUGCUUUGAAAAGGAUACGUUACGCGGGUUCAAUGUUUUGUUUUGGAAUUUGUUUGCGUGCGCCGUUUUAUUCUACGGUGCGUACGUUGUUUUGGAACUGAUGCAAUUGCCGCUUCCCGUUAAAAUAUUGGGUUAUAUGGUUUAUUGGUAUGUGCAAGGCAGCUACGGCAUGGGAUUGUGGGUCAUUGCACACGAAUGUGGUCACUACGGUUUUUCGAAUUCGAACAUCAUCAACGACAUUGUCGGCGCAUUUUGUCAUUCGAUAUUGAUGACUCCAUAUCAUAGCUGGCAAAUCACGCACAAAAUUCAUCACGCAAAUACUGGCAGCUGUGAAAAUGAUGAAGUCUACGCACCAUUCACACGCUCCGAUCUGGCUCCAACGUGGAGUGACUUGGUCGAAGACAGUCCAACGUAUAAUCUGUACAGAAUUGUUAAAAUGUUGUUGCUGGGAUGGAUGCCAGGGUAUUUGAUCGUAAAUUCAUGGGGACCAGCAAAAUACCGGACCACAACGGCGAAUCAUUUCAAUCCAGAUUCGGCUUUCUACUUACCGAAAGAACGGUCGGUUGUGGUCCUGAGCAAUAUCGAGUGUCUAGCAGUUCUGGCUGUUACGGGAUAUUUCAUUCAUAAUUACGGAUUUUGGCUGGUUUUCAAUUUAUAUUUGGCGCCGUUGUUGGUGACCAAUGCCUAUCUAGUUAUUAUAACGUAUCUUAACCACACCGACACAUUCGUUCCACAUCUUCGGGAAGACGGCUGGAACUGGCUCCAUGGAAAUUUAUGCACGGUUGAUCGUUCCUUUGGUAAAUGGUUGGAUGGUGUUCUACAUCGUGUUACCGAUACCCAUGUCUUGCAUCAUCUGUUCCCGAAAAUACCGCAUUAUCAUGCAGCCGAAGCGUUUGAAGCAAUUAAACCAAUAUUGGGAGACUAUUAUUUAAGGGACGAAACACCGAUCUUACUAGCUCUAUGGCGAUCAACCAAAUUUUGCAAAUACGUUGAUGACGAUGGCAAAGUCGUCUUUUAUAAAACGAAAAUCAACAGUUAAAUAUUGAAACGAGUCAUGCAUUCCUUUCACUAUUAAACAUGGACAGUUGAGCAUCGAAACGAGACGGACACAUUAUAACAGUGCGUUAUCUAUCAAUGGGAGAUAUGUUGGAAAUUGUAGUUCUUGCGUGAAGCUUACAAAUGCGAGGCGAAGGUGAAGUCGGUAAAAACGCAAGAAUCCAUAUAUUCAUCAUUUGUCCCGUUGACAAAUAUCGUAUUUUACAGAAAAAUUUUAGGUGAUGCGUCUCUCUAUUUCGCUGCUCAGUUCAUUCACCAUGUGACUGAUAAAUUUCUGACAAUAAAAAUUGAAAUAAAA